UUUCCAAAAAUGUUCUGGGUUUUUGUUACAUUCAGUUUUAUAAAGAUGUACUCAAAUCAAUGGUAAAAUGCAGAAAGUAUUCAAUAGUGCAUUAGCUUUGGUAAAACUAUCCUCAAUACUUUGUCUCCUCACAAUAUUAACUCUGAUAGCUACUUUGUGCAGGGUCUGCUCUUACUAGGAUGUCAGAAAAACAUUAAGGCUGAAUCUGUAAGAGCAAGUAUUUUCAAAUAGCAGAAAUGGCCCCCAGGCCACGCCCCCAUACUUGAGAAUCAUGGAUCUUACACAGCCUGACAGGCAGCCUGCCCCCAGGAGUCUCAGGACCCCUCCCAACUGGGCAAGAAGCAACCCCCUUUGGGGAAAGGUAGAGGCUGAGGCCAUCACUUCAGGGACCCAAGGGGCUAAGCCACGAUGGGGUCAGGUCCUCCACUCUUACCAAACAGCCAGCCUCAUCACUACUAAGUAGAUGUCCUGGUUGGCUGGUGACUGUUGCUACUUGCUCCACCCUCAAUUUAAAAAGAAAAGGAAAAUUUGGGGCCAAGACUGAAGGGGAAGGACACCACUUUAUUCCCUAGGUGGCCUCUCAUUCUUGUCUUGCCUCUAGGAAGUUAUUUCUGUAUUAUAGGUCCUGGGCCAGGGAUGUAGCUCAGUGGCACUGCUCCUGCCUCAAAAGUGCAAGGUCUCGAGUUCGAUCCCCAGUACCAAAUAGUAAAACAAAACAAAAACAAAGUACCUCCUCUGUAGAGCUCACAUUUUUACCUGUAAGGGUGGGAAAUAAAUGAACUAAGAAAUAGGAAUAUUGUAUAGCAUACAAUACUAUAAUAUAUUCAAAAUAAUAUAAAGAGGAGAGUGGCAGUUAGGAAAGGAAAUUUUGUUUUUUUGCCCUAAGAACUUGCCUCCCUUCUUUUUGUUCAUAUUCUUUUAAGUCCCUGCCCAACCCAGAGAGUUAUCUGUGCACAACUGGAAAAUGAAAUUUUUCAUUAACUUAGUGAAGAAAAAAUGACAGCCUGAUGAUUAGAAAGGCAAACAAUGUGCUACGUAGACUAUGAGCCUCAACUUCUGAAAGCAAUGUUUUCAGUACACACAAUGAAGCAAUAUAACACUGAGAUGUAUUUUGGUUUCCAUAGUGCAGUUCCCUUUAUAAGAAAGCCAGCUUUUAUCCUGCUUAUCUCCAGUGGUUCUGUUUGGAUUUGUUCGCCCAGACCUCAAACCAUAUAAAAAGACCAAGGAGAACCUGGUUGCAAUUUUUCUUGCCGGAAGAUGCCAGAAUGAUAGCGUCCGUGUCCCACUUCAUAAUGGAUUGGAUCGAGCUGUUCUUCCUCCAUCCUGUAUCAUUUUAUCAAGGGGCUGCUUUUCCUUUUGCACUUCUUUUUAAUUAUCUCUGCAACUGGGAUUCAUUUUCUACUCAGGCCAGGUACAUUUUUCUUCUGGCUGGAGGAGGCAUGCUGGCCUUGGCUGCCAUGGGUGUCUAUUCUGUGCUUGUCUUCAUCCCUGCUGUUUGUGCCGUGGUUCUGGUCUCCUCGCUUGGCCCUCAGGAGAUCCACAGGUGGACUUUCUUCUUUCAGAUGACCUGGCAGACCCUGUGUCACCUGGGUCUGCACUACACAGAGUACUAUUUGCAAGAGCCUCCGUCCCUGAGGUUCUGCAUCACACUUUCUUCCCUUAUGCUCUUGACCCAGAGGGUCACAUCCCUCUCUCUGGACAUCUGUGAGGGGAAAGUGGAGGCAACAACAGGAGGCAUCAGGAGCAGGAGCUGUUUGUCUGAAUGUCUGUGUGAGGCUCUGCCCUAUUUCAGCUACUUGCUCUUUUUCCCUGCUCUGCUGGGAGGCCCUCUGUGUUCCUUCCAGAGAUUUCAGGCUUGUGUUCAAGGGUCCAGCUCUUUCUGUGGCUACUCCUUCUGGGCUCUGACCUGGAGGGGCCUGCAGGUUGUUGGACUGGAGUGCUUAAAGGUGGCCCUGAGCAGCAUGGUGAGUGCAGGAACAGGACUGGCCGACUGCCGGCAGCUGGAGUGCAUAUAUGUCCUGUGGUCCACUGCUGGGCUCUUCAAACUCACCUACUACUCCCAGUGGAUCCUGGAUGAUUGGCUCCUCCAUGCAGCUGGCUUUGGGUCUGAGUCUGAUCGGAGCACUGGUGAGGAGGGAUAUGUCCCUGACGCAGACAUUUGGACACUGGAAACAACCCACAGGCUCUCCCUGUUCACGAGAAAGUGGAACCAGAGCACAGCCCGGUGGCUCCGCCGGCUGGUGUUCCAGCACAGCAGAGACUGGCCGCUACUGCAGACCUUUGCCUUCUCGGCCUGGUGGCAUGGGCUCCACCCAGGACAGGUGUUUGGCUUCCUGUGCUGGGCUGUGAUGGUAGAAGCUGACUACCUGAUUCACACCUUUGCCAACUUAUCUAUCAGAUCCUGGCCUAUGAGGCUUCUCUACAGAGCUCUCACCUGGGCCUCCACCCAGCUUAUUGUUGCCUACAUAAUGCUAGCUGUGGAAGGCAGGAGCCUCUCUUCUCUUGGGUCCCUGUGUAAUUCCUGUAUCAGUGUCUUUCCCAUGGUAUAUUGUAUUUUGCUUUUUUUAUUAGUGAAGAGAAAGCACAAAGUUAACUGACAUCUUUCCUUGUCUUUCAU